UCACGUGACAGACUCUGGGUUUACGGCAGGUGCCCACGUGAUGCUGGCCUGCAGUCUGGUGGCUGCGGUGAGGUACCUGGGCUCCUGAAGGGCGGGCGGUUAGAUAAUAACCGCCGCCAUCGGGCGGAUUCCCUAGGGCGGCCAGGCCACUGGUGCAAGGAGCCGGCCGACAGCUUAGUGCCUACUGCACGGGUCAGCUCUUUCUGCUGCCUCCGCCUUCGCGAUCCCUACUUCUUUGCGGUGAAGUGACCUUUGGGUUUUGAGAGCUUGGGUCCUGAGGCCCAAACUUGGGACGAAUCCCUAACCCACCACUCCUUUUCCCCCUAAUCCUCUUUCUCUUCCUUUGCACCACUGAAUCAUUUGACCUUUGAGCUGGUCGGCUCGGCAGUGCCUUGAGGCCAAUUUCGGGCGGUAAAGGUAACCUUGGGGAAAGCGGCCCCCCAGUGGACAAAGGCGGAGGCAAGCAUAGAGCAGGCCUAAGGGCCUCAGGCAAUGAGAAUAGGCAGUUAAGAGGGUGAACAAGAAAAAAGAAUAUUGCGGAUUUAGAAGGGACCGGAAAGAACUUGUUGCAAGAUGGAAGAAUCUGAUUCUGAGAAAAAGAUGGAGAAAGAAAAUUUGGGGCCGAGAAUGGAUCCUCCACUAGGGGAACAAGAAGGAUCGCUAGGGUGGGUGCUACCAAACACAGCCAUGAAGAAAAAGGUGCUGUUGAUGGGUAAAAGUGGGUCUGGUAAGACCAGCAUGAGGUCUAUUAUCUUUGCAAAUUAUAUUGCCAGAGACACACGUCGCCUUGGUGCAACAAUACUAGACCGUAUACAUAGUCUUCAAAUUAAUAGCAGUUUGAGCACCUACUCUCUCGUAGACUCUGUUGGAAAUACAAAGACAUUUGAUGUAGAACAUUCUCAUGUUCGAUUUCUGGGAAACCUGGUUUUGAACCUGUGGGAUUGUGGUGGACAAGACACCUUCAUGGAAAAUUAUUUUACUAGCCAAAGGGACAACAUCUUCCGAAAUGUGGAGGUUCUGAUUUAUGUCUUUGAUGUGGAGAGCCGUGAACUGGAAAAGGACAUGCACUAUUACCAAUCAUGCCUGGAAGCUAUUCUGCAGAACUCUCCAGAUGCCAAAAUCUUUUGCUUGGUACACAAAAUGGAUCUGGUACAAGAGGAUCAACGGGACCUGAUUUUUAAAGAGCGAGAAGAAGAUCUAAGGCGUUUGUCUCGCCCAUUGGAAUGCUCUUGCUUCCGAACAUCUAUCUGGGAUGAAACUCUCUAUAAGGCUUGGUCGAGCAUUGUUUAUCAACUGAUUCCCAAUGUUCAGCAGCUGGAAAUGAAUCUAAGGAAUUUUGCUGAAAUUAUCGAAGCAGAUGAAGUACUUCUGUUUGAGAGAGCUACUUUUCUGGUGAUUUCUCAUUAUCAGUGUAAAGAGCAGCGUGAUGCCCAUAGAUUUGAAAAAAUCAGCAAUAUUAUUAAGCAAUUCAAGCUGAGCUGCAGCAAGCUGGCUGCCUCUUUCCAGAGUAUGGAAGUUAGAAAUUCUAAUUUUGCUGCUUUCAUUGAUAUCUUUACAUCCAACACUUAUGUGAUGGUUGUGAUGUCAGAUCCAUCCAUUCGUGAUGCUGAUGCUGAGUCUGGCAGUGCAGAGACUACACUUUGGAAACCACUGUUUUGGGAAAAAGAAGAGGAAAUGUAGAUGUGUGGGCAAACGUGUGUUGAACAGAUUAGCAGUGAUAAAUUGACGGUGUUAGACCAAGUAAGAUGCAUAUGAAGGUAUUUCAAAAGGUUUGUGGGGAAAUAGAAUUAAAAGGUAAGUUUAUUUUGCUGCAAAAAUGACUUGAAAUCCAUGCAUGCACCGAGUUUUCAAAAAUGUUAUGAAAAAUGCAUAUUGUGAAGAAACUAUGCAUAAAUUUCCAAAAAAUUACACAAAGUAAACUUAUCUUUUAUUUACAUUUUCCAUGAACUUUUUGUUUCUUUAUUUGCAUGCAUUUCAUAAAUACAACUUUAGGAACAUAGUAAUUCUUCCCACUGUACCCACCCUCCCACCCAUACUCUUACCCUUCCUCUUCUUCCAUCUCCUUCUUCCAGUCUUAUUUCUAACUAAGAUCUAUUUUUAUUUAACUUUAUACACAGAAGAUUAACUCUAUUCUAGGUAGGUAAAGAGUUCAACACUUUGUAUGAGGAAGGAAAAAAAAGAGAAAAAUAAACAAAAUCUAAAAGCAAAAAAUAUAAAAAAGAGCCAAAACUGUUCCUUAACAGUCCAAACAAGGGCUCUUCAGAGUCAUUGCAUCUCGAAGGUAAUUUCGCUUUUUGUUUUCAGAAACUUAGUUAUCUUUAAAGAACCCAAGAAUGAUACAUCUUUUGCAAGCACUUAGACAUAACUAUAAUUUAUGAGACAUAAGAAUAUUCUCCACAUAAUACACUAAAACAAAAUAAUUCUUUGAGAAUAAGUUUUACUGUUAAGUCUCAUAAUACAUCUCUUUGAGGACAAAGGUCCUGUGUAGGAAGUUAGUGCACAGUGAUUCCUGUUGUUUAUUCAACAUUUAGCAGUCUUAUGUAUGAUGUCAGUGAUCACCCGGCACUCUUGACAUGAGCUGCAUAGGCUAUGGAAGCUUUUUGAAUCCACAAACUCCUUCAGUAUUUCAACUAGGCCAUAAACAAAGUGGAAGUUCUCUCCUGCCUUCAGAGAAAAGUGCAUCCUUCUUUGAUGACCACUGCUCUCCACUGGGGUCUCCCUCACAGAGGUCCUUCAUGUAGGACAUAUUUUGCCACAGUUUCUUGGCUUUUCAUGCCUGAAAUGUUCCCCUGGGCUUUUCAGCCAGACCAGAAUGCCCUAAGGGCUGAUUUUGAAGUCAUAGUGCUACUUAAGGUGAUUGUCAUUCUAUGAGUCUGCUGUGUGGACUGCUUCCCCAUGUUGGAGCAUUCAACCUUUUUUAAUUCUAUUAUUAAUACCAAACACUUAUUUCUAUUUAUAUAAUCACUUUAACACUUGACCUUACCUGUAUGAUCACUUUAACACUUAAGGCUAUCCGUAUGAUCUCUGUAACACAUAGAAUGCUGUUUUUACCACCAAGAUUAAUGGAAUUUGGACUCCCAUGACAAGUUUUUAAGCUGUAUAAUUAAAAGUAAGUCCAGGGGCCGGCGCCAUGGCUCACUUGGUUAAUCCUCCACCUGCGACACCGGCAUCCCAUAUGGGCACCAGGUUCUAGUCCCAGUUGCUCCUCUUCCAGUCCAGCUCGCUGCUGUGGCCCUGGAGGGCAGUGGAGGAUGGCCCAAGUCCUUGGGCCCCUGCACCUGGCAUGGGAGACCAGGAAGAGGCACCUGGCUCCUGGCUUCAAAUAAGCGCAGCGUCAGCCGUGGCGGCCAUUUGGGGAGUGAACUGUCAGAAGGAAGACCUUUCUCUGUGUCUCUCUCUCUCACUUUCUAUAACUCUACCUGUCAAAUAAAAAAAAAGUAAGUCCAUAGGAAUGUAUGCAGAACUAUACUGCUUUGCAAUUACAAACUUCAUACAUCCAACAAUUACAAGUUUAGGGUCAUGGUGAUUCUUCCCUCUGUGCCUGCCCCUCAACCUACACUCCUACUCCCCUUCCUCUUCCAUUUGUUAUUCUCUUAUUUUAACUAAGACCAAUUUUCAAUUAACUUUAUGCACAUAUGGUUAACUCUAUGGUAAGUAAAGAGUUCAACAAUUAGUUUGAAAGAAAAAAAUGAGUAAGUAAAAUAAGAUAAAAGGAAGGAAAAAAUUUAAAAAUCUUGUUUUUCAGCAGUCAAGGCAUGGGCUGUUCAAUGCCAUUGCUUCUCAAAGUGUCAAUUUCACUUCUACAGGUUGCCUUUUAGGUGCUCUAUUAGUUAUCACAGUUCAGGGAGAACAUACAAUAUUUGUCCUUUUGGGAAUGGCUUAUUUCCCUAAUUGUGAUGUUUUCCAGUUUCAUCCAUUUUUUUUUUUUUGCAAAUGACCAGAUUUCUUUUUUUUUACUGCUGUAUUCCAAGGUGUACAUAUCCCAUAAUUUCUUUAUUAGGUCUUCAAUUGACAGGCAUUUGGAUUGAUUCUGUGUCUUUGCUAUUGUGAAUUGAGCUGCAAUAAACAUGGAGCUACAAAUAGCUUUUUCAUAUGCUGAUUUCAUUUCCCUUGGGUAAAUUCCCAGGAAUGGGAUCACUGGGUCACAUGGUAGGUCUAUAAUCAAGUUUCUGAGAUAUCUCCGUACUGUAUUCCAUAGUGGCCUUACCAGUUUACAUACCCAGCUUACAUACCCACUAGCAGCCAGUUUGUUGUUUGGUGAUUUCUGUAUGAAAGCAAUUCUUAUGGGGGUGAAGUAAAACAUCAUUGUGGUUUUGAUUUGCAUUUCUCUGAUGGCAAGCAAUCUUGAGCAUUUUUUCCUGGUUUGUUGGCCGUUUGGAUUUCCUCUUUUGAAAAAUGUCUAUUUAAGUGCUUUGCCCAUGUCUUAACUGGAUUGUUUGUUUUGUUGAUGCUGAGUUUCUUGAUAUCUUUAUUUAUUCUGGUUAUUAAUCAUUUAUCAUUUGUAUAGUUUGCAAAUAAUUUCUCCCAUUCUGUAGGUUGCCUCUUCACUUUGCUGAUUGUUUCUUUUGCAGUGCAGAAGCUUCUCAAUUUUAUGUAAUCACAUUUGUUGAUUAUGGCUUUGAUUGCCUGUGCCUUUGUAGUCUUUUCCAAGAACUCUUUGUCUAUGCUGAUGUCUUGGAGGGUUUUCCCAAUGUUCUCUAAUAAUUUGUUGGUUAUUGUGUCUAAAUUUAGAUCUUUAGUCCAUUUUGAGUGGAUUGUAGUGAAAUAAGUGCAGCAGGAUUCUUGUUUCAUGCUUAUGCAUGUGGCGAUCGAGUUUUCCCAGUACCAUUUAUUGAAGAGACUGUCCUUGCUCCAGGAUUUUAUUUUAGCUCCUUUGUCAAAGACAAGUUAGUUGUAGAUGCUUGGAUUGAUUUAUGGAGUUUCUAUUCUGUUCCAUUGGUUUAUCCAUGUGUUUUUCUACCAGUACCAAGCUAUUAUGAUUAUAUAACUUUCCUGCAGUAUGUCUUGAAGUCCAGUAUUGUGAUGCCUCUGGUUUUGUUUUUGUUGUAUAAAGUUGCUUUAGCUAUUCAUGGAAUUUCAGUAUCAUUUUUUUCUAUAUCUGAGAAGGAUGUCUUUGGUAUUUUGAUUGGUUUCGCAUUGAAAAUAUAAAUUGCUUUCAGUAGUAUGGACAUUUUGAUGAUAUUGUUUCUUCCACUCCAUGAACAUGGAAGAUUUUCCCAUUUUUGUGUGUCUUCUUCUAUUUCUUUCUUUAAUGUUUUGUAAUUACACCAUAGAGAUCGUUGACAUCCUUGGUUAAAUUUAUUCCAAGGUAUUUGAUUUUUUGGUAACUAUUGUGAAUGGCAUUGAUCUUAGAAGUGCUUUCUCAGCUGUGACAUUGUCUGUGUAUACAAAGGCUGUUGAUUUUUGUUUGUUGAUUUUAUAUCUUGCUUCUUUUCCAAAUUCUUCUAUGAGUUCCAAUAGUUCUUAGUGGAGUUUUUUGGAUCCCUUCUAUGUAGAAUCCUGUCACCCGCCAAUAGGGAUAUUUUGACUUCCUUCUUCCCAAUUUGUAUUCCUUUGAUUUAUUUUUCUUGCCUGAUGGCUCUUGCUACAAUUUCCAGGACUCUAUUGAAUAGCAGUGGUUACAGUGGGCAUCCAUGUCUGGUUCCAGAUCUCAGUGGGAACACUUCCAGCUUUUCUCUGUUCACUAGGACACAGGCCAGGGGUUUGUCAUAACAUAACUUGAUUGUGUUGGGAAAUGCUCCUUCUAGUUCUAAUGAGCUUAGAAUUUUCAUCAUGAACGGGUGUUGUAUUUGUCAAAUGCUUUUUCUGCGUAUAUUGAUAUAAUCAUGUGUAUUUUGUUCUUUAAUUUGUUGAUGUGGUGUUAUCACAUUGAAUGAUUUUUGGAUGUUGAGCCAUCCCUAAAUCCCACUUUGGGGGAAUUAUCUUUCUUAUGUGUUGUUGUAUUCAUUUGGCUAAUAUUUGCUGAGGAUUUUUGUGUCUAUGUUCACCAGGGAAAUUGGUCUUCUGCAGGUUUAGGAAUUAAAGUGAUGCUGGUUCUUAGAAAGAAUUUGGGAGGAUUGUCUCCAUUUCAGUUGUUUUGAAAAGCUUAAGAAGUGGAGUUACUUCUUUAAAUGUUUGGUAGAAUUCAGCGUGAAGCCAUCUCUUCCAGGGCUUUUCUUUUUUGGGAGGGUCUUUAUUAUUAAUAAUUCAAUUUAUGUCUUGGUUAUUGGUUUGUUUAUUUUUCUAUGUCUUCAUGGCUCAUUUUAGGUAUGUCUUGUGUGGCCAGGAGUUUGUCAAUUUCUUCUAGGUUUUCCAUUUUGUUGGCAUAGAGCUCUUUGUAGUAGUUUCUCGUGAUUCUUUUAAUUUCUGUGGAGUCUGUUGUUACAUCUCCUUUUUAAUCUCUAAUUUUAAUAAUUUGGGUCCUCUCCCUCCUUUUUUUAGUUAAUUGGGCCAAUGGUGUGUCAGUUUUAUUUAUUUUUUCCAAAAGUCUGCAGUUCGAUUGCUGAUAAUUUUUAUUGUUUUGUUUUGAUCUUGUUUAUGUCUUCUCUAAUUUUUAUUUUUGACAGGCAGAGUUAGACAGUGAGAGAGAGAAACAGAGAGAAAGGUCUUCCUUCUGUUGGUUCACCCCCAAAAUGGCUGCCACGGCCAGCGCGCUGUGCUGCUCCGAAGCCAGGAGCCAGGUGCUUCCUCCUGGUCUCCCAUGCGGGUGCAGGGCCCAAGGAUCUGGGCCAUCCUCCACUGCCUUCCCGGGCCACAGCAGAGAGCUGGACUGGAAGAGAAGCACCCGGGAUAGAAUCCGGCGCCCUGACCGGGACUAGAACCCGGUGUGCCGGUGUCGCAGGCGGAGGAUUAGCCUAGUGAGCCAUGGCGCCGGCCUUGCUGUUACUUUAGUAGGUCCUUGAGAUAUAUUAAUAGAUCAAUUACUUGAUGCCUUUCCAAUUUUUUGUGCAGGCAAUAAUAGCUACAGACUUCUCUCUUAACACUGCUUUGGCCGUAUUAUAUAACUUUUUAUAUGUGGUAUUGUAGUUUUCAUUCAUUUCCAGAAACUUUUUUGGUUUCUCUUUUGAUUUCUUUUAUGACCCACUGUCCAUUCAGGAGAAUUUUGUUCAGUCUCCAUGUGUUUGCGUAUGUUCUGGAGAUUCCUGAGUUGUUGAUUACCAAUUUCAUUGCAUUCUUGUCAGAGAAGAUUCAUCGUAUGAUUUCAAUUGAUUUGAAUUUCCUGAGACUUGCUUUAUGGCCUAGCAUGUUGUCAAUCCUAGAGAAAGUUCCUUGCACUGCUGAGAAAAAUGUGUAUUCUGCAACUGUAGGAUAAAAAGUUCUGUAGAUAUCUGUUAGGUCCAUUUGGUCUAUAGUAUCAAUUAAUUCUUUUGUUUCUUUGCUGUUUCUGUCUAGUUGUUCUGUCCAUUGCUGAAAGUGGAGUAUUGAAAUCCAUCAUUAUAUUUGUGUCUGUGUCUCUCUUUAAAUCCAUUAACAUUUAUUUUAAAUAGCUAAAUGCCCUGUAAUUAUGUGCAUAUUUGUUUAUAAUAGUCACUUCUUCCUGUUGAAUUGGUUCCUUGAUUAUUACAGAGUGCCCUUUUUUGUCUUUUUAGUAUUGAAGUCUAUUUGGUUUGAUAUUAAGAUGGCUACAUCAGCUCUUUUUUGGUUUCUGUUAGUGUGGAUUAUCUUUUCCCAUCUUUUCACUUUCAAUCUGCAAGUACCAUUGUUGGUGAGAUGUGUUUCAUGUAGGCAGAAAAUAGCUGGGUUUUCUUUUUUUAAUCCAUUCAGCCAGCCAAUAUCUUUUAACUGAGAGUUGGGUCCAUUCACAUUCAAGGUAACUAUUUAUAAGUAAUGACUUUGCCCUGCCAUUUUUCCUUUAAUAGUCCUGUUUGGUUUUUUUUUUUUUUUUUACUUUGGAUUUCCUUUGUAUUUCUUUAUUUUAAUUUUUUUAAAGAUUUAUUUUAUUUAUUUGAAAUACAGAGUUACAGAGAGAGGUAGAGACAAAGAGACAGGUCUUCCAUCCCCUGGUUCACUCCCCAGAUGGCCGCAACAGCCGGAGCUGUGCCUAUCCAAAGCCAGGAACCAGGAGCCAGGAGCUUCUUCCAGGUCUCCCAUGUGGAUGCAGGGGCCCAAGGACUUGGGCUGUCUUCAACUGCUUUCCCAGGGCAUAACAGAGAGCUGGAUCAGAAGAGGAGCAGCCGGGACUAGAACCGGAGCCCAUAUGGGAUGCUAACGCUUCAGUCCAGUGCUUUACCCUGCUGCACCACAGCGCCGGCCCCCUUAGUACUUUUACUGAGAGUUUUUCUGCCUUCGCCUUCUUCCCAAGUGAUGACUCUGUUUCUGUGUUUCUGUUUGUAGCACAUCCUUACUCAUCUUUUGUAUUCUGGAUAGGUGGUGAAAAAUUCUUUAAAUUUCUGGUUGUUAUGGAAGGUCCUUAAUUCACUUUCAUUUCUAGAUGAGAACUUUGCAUGGUGUAGUAUUCUAGGUUGACGGUUUUUUUCUCUUAAGACUUGUAAUAUAUCUAGCUAUUGUUUCCUGGCCUGUAGGGUUUCUGAUGAGAAGUCCGCUAUGAGUCUAAUAGGAGUUCCUCUGAAAGUAAUUUGGCGUUUCUCUUGUGUAUGUUUUAGAAUCUUUAUGUUUUGCUGUGGAGAGUUUACUAAAAUGUAUCAUGGUGAAGUUCUUUUCUGGUCAUGUCUAUUUGGGAGAUCUAUGUGCUUCCUGUACUUGGAUUUCCCUUUCUUUAUCCAAAUUAGGUAAAUUUUCUGAUAUUAAUUCACUGAAAAGGCCUUCUUAUCCUUUCCCUCUUUCCAAGCCUUCAGGAACUCCUAGAACCUGCAUGUUGGGUUGUUUGAUAGAAUCCUGUAUAUCUCCAACCGUGUUUUUUAGUUUUAUAAUUUCUUCUUGUUUUUGAUCUGACUUAAAAUUUCCAGAGAUUUGUCUUCUAGCUUGGAUAUUCUCUCUUCUGCCUCACCAACUCUGUUUUUAAGACUUCCCACUACAUUUUUAUUUGAUAUAUUGAAUUCUUCAUUUCUAGUAUUUCAUUUUGAUUUCUCUUUAAGAUCUCAAUUUCACGGGAAAAUUUUUGAUUCAUAUCAUGUAUAGUUUUGUGUAGCUGAUGAAUUUGCUUCUGAGUAAUCUGAUGAUCAGUUUUUUGAAUUCCGUUUCUGACACUUCCUCAAUUUCUUCAUCUUUAUCUUCUAAUAUUGAAAUGGUGUAGCGUUCCUUAGGGGGCUCAUAGUGACUUCCUUAUUGUUAGUUCUUGAAUAUUUUCCUUUAUUGUUUGACAUUUGUAGAUUUUUUUUGUUUUUUCUUGUAGCUUUUGUCUUUGUGUCUCUGUGGUUUAGUGGGGCGUCUAUACUGUCAGUGAAUACCAAGAAGUGUGUGCUACAUGUCCUAGAGUGCUCUGUUCAGUAUUCCAGGCUGGGGCAAGUAUCCAGGUUAAGAUCCCCACUGGGCAUGGUAGCUCUCCUCUGAGCUGAUGGACACCACAGUGCUAGUCCUCCAUGUGCUCAGCACUCAUCCACUCUGCUUAAUGAACUGUACUUUUGAUCUGUGGAGUCUUCCUCUGAGCACAGUUCCCUCUGUUAUGAGCUGUUAUAGGUAACCAAGGAGCUCGGAGAGUAUGGAGAGGCUCUCUGGUUGCCCAGCAUCUAGCCACACUCUGACUCCUCUUUUGCAGUCACUGUUUUCUCAGACACAGCUCCCAGGGCUCUUUGGGUCAUGGAUUGUCAAUGGGGCCGCUUCACCCCACUAGCCAGUCCUUUCUAUAAGGAAAUUCAGGUGUUCCCAUAGCUGCUAUCUGUGUGUGGUCCUCCCAACCAGCUUCAGUGUUGGUGGAGGGUUUUUUUCCCCCCCUCUGGUUAGGUCUGUGGUUUGCAGGCACGUUCUUGCCCACUGCAACCCUGAUCACUUCCGUAGUGCUGUGUGGGUAGGAGAGUCCCACAAGCAGUGCAUUCCCCUACCUAGGGUUGGCUCUCCCUCCCCUCCUUUUGCCAGGCAACUGGCAGGGUGCAACUGGCAUGGAGGGGGAAGGAAUUCUUCUGGAUUGUUGUGGCCCUCAUUAAUUGGGUAGAGUGUAGCCCCUGUUAUUUAUUGCUGUGUGCAUGCAUGGGAGGUGGAGCAGCAGCUACUUUCCUGUGUCAAAAAAAUGGUGUGAGCCUGUGAGCCCUUUUCCCACUGGUUUCUGGUCUCUGUUGUAGCAGGGAGGAGGGAAGGAGAGGGACUCAAUCCCUCUAUUUUUUUCCUUCUUUUUUUUUUCCCUCUCUUCCCGCCUCGGCUGUCUUAGUGGGUUCAUGUGGAACUUUAAAAGUGGUUCACCAGUUCCGUGGGCCUGUGGAUUCCCCUCUCACCUGGUUUUCCCGGGUUGGUAUCUUCCUCCCCAGUUCCCAGCUUUCGUUGUUUUCUGUUGUUUAUUGGCUCCCUUGGCAUGGGUCUGGACCAUUUCUAUUGCUGGCUCUGGGUCUCUUGCUGGGGUUCCUCCAGGCCUCUAACCUAUGAAUGUACUUUCUUCCUCUUUUAAACAUUAAUUUUGCCCCACGUACGUUGGACUGUCCUGUUGCUAUUCUGGAAUCUUGGAACUCCAUGCACUUUUGAAUUAUCCUUGUGGCUUUAGGCUGCUUAUCUGUAGAAUGAUCUAAAAGUUUGAGACCCGGAAGCACUGUUUUAAACAAAAGCAAUAACUGAGAAGCUUCUAUUUUAUAAGUAAUACGUUAAGAAUGGAAAUCAUGGCUAGCAUAAGGAAAAUAUUGGUACUGAUUUGUGUAAGCACCUGGAUUCUUCCAGUUUCAACAAGCUUUAUUUGCUAAUUCAAUAAGGUAUCAUGAAAUUUUUUGUGAGUUGUCAAAUGAAAACACUGCUGCCAUCAGUUUAGUACUUACUAAGUAUCAGAUUGAAAGAUUGUCUUAUUAAAUCUUCACAAAAACUCAAUGAGUUAAGUAUUAUCACUCUCCCCAUUUUGCAGAUGCAGAAACUGGGCUCAGAGUGGAUAAGAAGUUUGCCUGCAGAAAUAUAGGAUUGCUAAAAUUGGGACUUGAACUCAAUUAGUAUAACUAUAGAGAUAGUACACUUAACCAUAACUUUGAAGUUAUAAGGCCUUUCUGAAUGUAAAGACCUACACAGAGUGGAGACUAUGCAGUACAUCCAGGUGCUACCACUGUGUUGGCUGCUGUGGAAAUAAUAAAGCAUCAGAAUGUAAGGACCUACUCAGAGUGGAGAGUAUGAGGUGCAUCCAGGUGCUAUCACUGUGUUGGGUGCUAUGAAAAUAAUAAGGCAGACACUUGUGAACCUAUCAUACUCCUGUUUCCACUGGGGCUUCACCAUGUAAGAAGCUUUAUCAGAAUAGGCAGUUCAAAGCAGAGUCAAUAGUAAAACCAAACAAAACACCCUCCAUCUUGCAGGGUUUUUUUAUUUUUAAGAUUCCCCUGAAUUGGGCUACUGUAAGCAGUUAUAAUCUCUACAUCUCUGAAACUGUUUAGCAAAUAUAGGAAGCAGAGUAUGAUUUUGUUUUAGGUCUUCCUACCACAAUGCAAAGAGCAACUUACAAUUUCUCAAUUAAAUUAUUGUCUCUGUUCUUAUAAAACAUCAAGUCUGUCAGGGCCCUCCCACAGCCAUUACUAAUGAAACUUCUGGCUUCAUUAAUUUAGUCAGAUGUUUUCAACACCGAUUGUGUUACAGGCACUGUCUUUAGAUAUUGGGAUACAGAGUGAACAAAAGAAAGCUCCUGUGCUCAUGGAGUUUAUAUGUAGUAAGGGAAGACAGACAACCAACUAAGUAAACGUAGCGUAUUAGGAGAGAUGAGAACUACGAAGAAAGUUAGAAUAGUGAUGGGGAAAUAUGUUGGGAUAGGCUGAAUAACUGUCCCCUGCCCAAGUUGUGCAUAUCCUAGUUCUUUACCUGCUAUUCCACAGCACUAACCCUGGAACAUUGGGCUUUAAGUUUCAUUUUUAUGCAUAUUUAUCUGAUUGUGGUAUCAAGGUUAUGAUGGUUUCAUAUAUGAAGUUAAGAAAUAUUUGCUUCCCUUCUAUUAGCUGAGAAACCUACA